AUGUUACAAGUUCAGGAGCAUGUAGCAGCUGACAUGAUACCCAAGAAAAAGCCAUAUAUUUGUGACAUGUGCUAUAAACAGUUUGAAACUCCAUCAAAGCUAGCUAGGCAUUAUCUGAUACAUACUGGUCAAAAGCCGUUUGAAUGUCACGUAUGCCAUAAAACGUUUAGGCAGCUAGUCCACCUGGAGAGGCAUCAGUUAACCCAUAAUCUGCCUUUUAAGUGUAGUGUUUGUCAUAGAAACUUCAAAAACUUAAUCACUUUCUUAAAGCAUCAGCAGCUUCAUAAUGAAAAUUAUCAGAAUGAUACCAAGCAAGCAGAAAACUCUGUGAAUUUUGAGCAAGAUAGGGUCACUUACAGCAUAUUUCGAUGUUCUGCAUGCUGGAAAUCUUUUAGAACUGAAGAGAGGUGGAUGCUGCAUCAGUGCCGGAAGGCAGAUCAUCUACAUGGUGCCAGAAGGAGAAAGGAAGCUCAUGCUUGUGAAUCGUGUAACAAGACAUUUCCAUCAAGAUCUAAGCUAGAAAGACACCUCCUUAUUCACAGUGGCCAGAAACCUUUUAAGUGUUCUUCAUGCAGUAAAUCUUUCAGACAGUCAACGCACUUGAAAAUCCAUCAGCUCACACACACAGAAGAAAGGCCUUUUCAGUGCUGCUUUUGUCAGAAGGGGUUUAAAAUACAGAGCAAACUCAUGAAGCACAAACAGCUCCAUGCCAGAAAUAAGACUUGCCCCAAUAUUUUGUACAAAGCAAAGACUGGUAAAUAUCCCAGACCACAGAGCCUGCUGGAAGGAAAGAGGGAUAGUUUUGAGAAUGCUGACACUUACGAGUCACAGGAGAGUGACCCACGUGAUGCUCACUCGAUUUAUAUUGUACCCUUUCAGUGCUCAGCAUGCAACCAGUGUUUUGAAACGGAGCAGGUUCUAAAUUUGCACAAAUGCUGUGAUCUGAGAGGUGGCAAAAGUUCAAAUAAUGGUGCAACAGCAUGCAGCCACACAGUCAGCAUGAAAAAUAAGAUGCUGAUGAAGCCGAAGUGUACUGGAGGAAAGAAAACAGAUUUUUCUCUGACUGACAGGAAAAAAGUAAAAUUGGGUCGCUUCAAAAGUUGUGACCUGGCUGCAGCUAGAGAUCAGCGUUCUGAUCAGCAUGCUUCCACUAAACCUUUCAAGAAUUGCCGUAGCAAGCCUGACGUGCACAAGGCGUUUAGUAAUUGGAUGAAAAGAACGUUUACUGUGCCAUCACCUUGGCAAGAGCACCCGCAACCUCACGACUUCGGAAUGAAUUUAAAAGGUAUGCUUACUGGUGAAAGCAUGUUAAACAUCGAUGAUUCACUGCAUAGUAAAGAUGAUGGUUUUUAUGGUUCAUCAGAUGAUGGUUUCUUUGAUAAUCCAGAAGUACUUCACUGUGCUUUUUCAGCUUCUGCUAAAAAUAUACAUAACAGACACAAAGUGUGUAAAUGUGACAGAUGUGAAAAAAUCUUUCCAUCUUCAUCCAAACUUCAAAGACAUUAUCUUAUACACACGGGACAGAAGCCCUUUGGCUGUAAUGUUUGUGGGAAGACAUUUAGACAGUCAGCUCACUUAAAAAGACAUCAGCUCACCCAUACUGAAAAGAGACCCUGUAAAAGCCCCGUUUGUCAGGUAGAAUUUGAAAACCUGAACAAACUUUUCAGUCACCAGGGAGAUCACACCGAAUUUAAGUCUUCUCAGCCUGUGGAUUAUUCGGGCUAUUCUCCAAUGUCUUUACAGACAUCUGGCUUUCAAGCAUUUGAGCUGAUUCAGUCAAACCAAGCAGCUGAAAUCAAAGUUGAAAUGAAGUCAGGGGACUUUGUUCUUGACACCAGCGGUAGAAACGCCCAGCCGUAUUUGUGUAGUAAAUUGUUGGAAACAGAGCAAAGCUGUUACAGCUAUUCGCAUGAUUUUUCUGAGGGUACUGAGAAAAGUGAAGUUGUUACCAAAUUGUAUCAAUGCAGCAUCUGCUUUAAAACUUUUAAAUCACCUUCUAAGCUUGAAAGACAUUACCUAAUGCAUGCUGGACAGAAGCCAUUUGAAUGUUUAGUUUGUGGUAAAAAUUUCAGACAGGCCCCACAUUUGAAAAGACAUCAACUUACUCACUUGAAAGAGAGCUUAAAGCUGAUUUCCGCUGAGCAACAACCGGACAAUAUAUUGAUUUUAUCAAAACUGGAUAAUGUCCUGUGA